AUGAUGGUCGAAGCAAUUAAGCGGGACGAUACCGACCUUAUAAUGGAGUUUCUUGGUUAUGGUUUGCCGAUUUCUCGUCUCUAUCUAGAGGAAGCAAUCAAAUCGAAGGCGAAGGAUACCCUUGAAGCUUUCUUCAUAAACGGAUGGAAUAUCAAUCAGCCGACUGGUGAUCUUUCAACCCCCGAUUCUCGUGACGAAGAGAUGACGACCUGGCUCCUCGACCGCGGAGCAGACCCAAAUGGACAAUGUAAAGUCGACGACACUCCGCUAUCCUAUGCUGUCCACGCGGGCCCUAUUUCGAUUAUCAAACUGAUGUUUGACCGUGGAGGCGACAUUCACAGAGGCCAGCUUCUUCAUCGUGCAAUUUAUCGAGAAAACGAUGUUAUUGAGGUUUUGACUAUGCUCCUCCAGAAAGGUGCUCCUUUGAACGCAAUAAUGUACCAGGACCAUGAGUUUUCUCAGGUAAUUCUCGAUUGCCUAGGCCCUGGAACCGCUUUACAUAGAGCUGCAGAACUGGGAAAAGUGGAUGUUGUUCGCUACUUGCUUAGCUGCGGAGCAGACACUACUGUUCUCGAUACAAAGGGUCGUACUGCUCUGGAGCGUGCAGAAAGCCAGAAUCAGGCGGAAGUUGUCGAGAUGCUGAAAGCUGCAGCAAACUAA